CGUCAUCGCAGCAGAUCCAAUAGCGAGCACGCCUCCUUUCGUGCCAAAUAUAAAAGCUGCUCUCCUCCGAUUUCCAGACUGUACCCGUUUUACUCUCGUUGAUGGGCAGGUGAAAAUCAACAAAUGUCCGCUCAGUUUAAACAAUCAUACUUUCGAUUUUCAUAUUUUUUACACACAGAGGCAUAAUGGAUCCAAACUUAACGCUGUCAGAGCGCAACUUGGCCGGCUUGGGAGCGCUAACGCAGAGACUUUUAGGGAAUAACUCACUGUUUCCCUCUGAUAACAACACUGCCGUUUCCAAAGCGGAGGAAGAAGACUUGGAAGUAAACACGGACGUUUACUCCAGGGUGGUGGUCACUGUCAUCUACGUGGCCCUGUUCGCUGUGGGCUCUCUGGGGAACUCCAUCACUCUAUACACCUUGCUGACCAAAAAGACCCUGCAGAACCUCCAGAGCACCGUGCACUACCACCUGGCCAGCCUCGCUGUCUCCGACCUGCUGAUCCUCGUGCUCUCAAUGCCCAUCGAGCUCUACAACUUCAUCUGGUUCCACCACCCGUGGGUGUUCGGGGACGCCGUAUGCAGGGGCUACUAUUUCCUCCGGGACAGCUGCUCCUACGCCACUGCGCUCAACAUCGCCAGCCUUAGCGUGGAGCGGUACAUGGCCAUCUGCCACCCGUUCAAAGCCAAGAGCAUCAUGUCCCGCAGCCGCACCAAGAAGCUCAUCAGCGCCAUGUGGAUCGCGUCCUUCGCCCUCGCCACGCCGAUGCUCUUCGUGAUGGGUCAAGUGAUGCGUAAAAACGAGAAGAUAUGCACCGCGAUCGUCUCCUCUGUCACCAUUAAAACUGUGCUCCAGGUAAAUGCAUUUCUGUCCUUUGUGAUACCCAUGGUGGCCAUAUCUGCACUGAAUGGGGUCAUAGCCAAUCAGCUGCUGCGAAUGUUCCGUGAGGCCGAGCAAGACAACCGUGUCUGUAUCGUUGGAGGAAAUCCCACCAUUCUGAAUGUCACCGUGGAGCCCAACCGCGCUCAGUCACUUCGACAUGGAGUUCUUGUCCUCCGAGCAGUGGUCAUAGCCUUUGUGGUCUGCUGGCUGCCCUAUCACGCUCGCCGCCUCAUGUUUUGUUACGUCUCUGACUGGUCUGAUGACUUGUAUGACUUCUACCACUACUUCUAUAUGCUGACCAACGUCCUGUUCUACGUCAGCUCGGCCAUUAAUCCAAUCCUCUACAACCUGGUGUCGGCCACCUACCGCGAGAUCUUCUUCUCCACGUUACGCUACUUCUGCAUGCCCUGUCGUCAUGCACCCAAGAGGCACCUCCACCCCCUGACCCGCCACUCCAUCAGCAUCUCCAGCAACCACACUCUAUCCACCAACAUCAUCAAAGAGACUGCAUACUGAUUGGACUGGAAUGAAAAACUAUAAGCCCACCCACUGCCGCUUUUUAGAGACUGUUGGCACAGGCUGAUCUAGUAGUGUGGUCACCAACGUUGUCAUGUGGGCUCAAGCGACCACUCUGAGACCAUGUGAUGCCAUUUUGAAUGCAUAUUUUGUUAAGUGUUAAUGGAUGUCGUGUUUUUACAUGAAUUUAUGAAAUCAAAAAAAGAAAAUAUCACAACAGAAGAUUUAAAAAUAGGAAAGAUGUAGACUUGUAAAAGCUGCCAUUCGAACUGUAUAUUGAUGAAUGAAGGGAUGAUCAAUGUUGUUUCUUCUUGCAGUGAUAUUGAGGUCAUUUUAACUAACUUACUAUCAGAACUAAAAUGUUAUAAAAAUAACUUCUAAAAGCUGUGCCCUACUGUACGUUUAGAGAUGUUUCAUUUGGAGCGAGUUGUCUGCCACUGAGCCUGUUAGGAGCCUUUAAUGUUAGAAAUAUGAUGUGCAGUGUGGUUUUAAAGAUAAGAUAAUGGUGUUAAACAUAUCAUAAUGCUAUGAUAUUGUCACACCAAGCACAGACACACAGACCUUUAAGAUGAGCCGUUGUUUAAAUACAGAAGACACUGCUAUUAAAGGAUUUUUUGUAAUGAUUAACUUACUUACUCAUAGAAAUCCAAAACAUAUUAAAAUGGAAAAUGGAAAAUUGAAUAUUUUAAUUGGAAGGUCACUUCUUAAAUGUAAAGUGCUUAAAUUCCAAAAAAUCAAUAGUGCUAUUAAGACAAGGCACAAAGCUUACUGACAGAUAUAACCAAUAAAUAAAGUUAUAAAAUAAAUAUACUACUAAAUACUACUAUACUACAAAAUGAAGACUACUAACUCGUCUUACAUAAACACAAAAAAACCUACAAACAUGACAUCACCUCAAAUUACAGUGUAUUUAUCUUAGGCUUAUUAAAGGCUUCUGUUUGCGUGCAAAUUACUUGCCAUCAAAACAGGCUCAGGCUGUGGCUCAAAACUUACUACCAAAGAAAUAUUAAGAAUAAAGCGAUAAAACAAACUCAAAAACUCAAUGAGAUGAGAGGCUGUUUUUAAAAGGGUCAGGAUAAUCACGUUACUUAUUUCAGUGGUCAAAUAAAAGUCUGAUCUCAAACAAUGGGCAUGUAAAACUGAAACAAAUAACAGCCAGCCAAAAACAAGGACACAUAAACUCCUGGUACCUAUUAUAUAAUUCAUGCAUGUUCAAGUCACUGAAUUAUUCUUUCAAAUAUUUCAAAAUAAAAGUCUUGUCCACUGAAACACUAAAGGACCAACCAAAAAUUCAAAAGAAAAAUGGGAGCAGAUCAGAAAACAAGAGGGCUUUUACUAACAUAUGACCAAAUAUGGCGCAGAAAUGAAAGGCUUGCUUCAAACAAAGAACGGGUACUUUCUGCAGGUAAGACCCCAGCCACUAUUUGAGGAAAUACACUUGUUGAAAUUGGACAAAUGGACUAGCAGUGAUUUGUUGCCUGUGUUGUCAAUAUUCUGAAGUAAAUGUAUAUUCCAUCCAUGAGUUUUAUGUACACCACAGAGUACAUUUGUGUUACUUGUGACUGCAAAAGUCACAGAGUAUGUGACUUUGUGAAAUACGAUUAUGUAAAUAUUCCUUGAUGUGGAUGAAACAGCUGCACUUUGACCAUUUGACUUGAUUUUUAGCUGUUGGCAAGAAAACCUAAACUGAAGCCUUCAGUUUUACACAAAUGGAAAUAAAGGUAUUUUAUUAUGAAAGGCUGUACUAAUUCAACUCUACCAGGGUCACAGCAGCUGAAUCAUUCAUUGUUUGCACUGCUUAUGUUGCUGAUGUCUUGUUUUUUAAUUACCUUUCAGCCUUUUUUAUGUUUGCCAUUGAGUAAAUGUUCCAUAAAUUUCUGACAGCAGCAUCCUCACAGUGACAAUGCUAAUGCUAAGCAGGUGAAGUUUACCGUGGUUGUUGCCUUAAUUUAGUUAGUCAGCAUGCUGAUAUUUGCUAAUUAGAUUAGAAACACAAACUACAGUUGAGGGUGAUCAAAAUGGCGUUAGAUUUGCAAGCAUUUAGUCAUAAACCAAAGUUUUGGAUAAACUAAAAUACUGACCCUGAUGAUGGAGCUAGAAGAAAAAUCAAGAGUUCAUCAAAGUGACUGCAAUUCAUCCUAAAGAGAGGAUAAAAUCUAAUAGUUUCUUCUAGUGCCACUAGAUGGAAAAUGAGGGACUCACCAAAGUCAUUAGGAUGCAUAAUUUAGACACAAUUAAUAUCAGUCUAAUCUAUCUUGUACAUACUGUAAUACAGGAUAAGUGCUACUUGUUGGCAUUAGAGGAAAAGUCAGGGGAUCGCCAAAAAUCAUUAAGAACUCAUGACCAUGUCAUCCACAGAGCAAUGCUGCUUGCAUGGCUAAAAAUGAAAAUAAAUAAAAUGCCUAGAUAAAAAUACUGAUUGUGCAAAAAGAUCAGCUUUAGGGCAUUGUCACACAUGUGCAAAUUCUGGAUGUGGCCAUUGCCUGUGCAGGUACAAUUUGCAUCAAAGUUCAAGCUGAACCCCACAAGAAGUGAAGAUGCAAAUUUGAUCAUGUGAUUUUCUUAUUUCACUCAUGUGUGACAAUAUACCCUUAUGCCUACGAUUUGCCUCAGCGUUAUUGUCCUUGGCACUGCUACCACCUUCGCAGUGCAUAUCAGAGGAGUAACUUGUCCAAAAAAAAAAAAAAAAUCAACCUCUGUGUAUUGUUUUUAUUGUCUGAUAGGUCGUUUUAAAUGUAAUAUACUUAGUUAAUAGUGGUGACAUUUACUAUCUAUGCUUUGUUUUGAUUGAUGGCUUUGUGUUCCUGUACUGUAUCUGUACUGUUGUUACAUCUGUGGAGGUUUUAGCCACUUCAGUGGAAUUUAUUUCAACCUGACAUCAGUUUCCCCAACCCCCAAUCCACCAGACAGCCAUAGUGAAUGAAAUGUAUGAUAAAAAGACAUUGUAUAUCCCUUUAAUGUUGCAAACUGCGCAUGCAGUAAGAACUGUGUUUUCUGUACUCUUCUCUACAGAUCUGUGCAUAGAUAUUACAACCUAAAAGUGUCUUGGCCCAGUGUUCAUCGUAUUUAUAUAAAGAAAUAUUUUACUUAUGCUCACUGAUGAUUCUUAUCAGCCAUGUUUAAUUGUAUAUCUCCUGUUUCUCUAACAGAAUGUUAUUUCAUAUCAUUAUAAAAGAAAUAAUAAAAGAAUGAAGAUAUA